UAUAAUUAGUGUAUACUGUGUAUAAUUAAUGUAUGCUGUGUAUAAUUAACUGAUAUGGUGGGGAAAUAACAUCCACGCAUCAAUAGUUUAAUUUUCCAAUAUACCAAUAUGCUCAAUGAAGAUAACCACUACUUAAGAGAACAAGAAUCCCUAAUAUCUCCAAUAUGGCUCCAUUAACACCAUUAAGGAGAUCACGAUUACCCAGAUUAGCCAUAGGACUUGUUGGAUUAUUUAUAAUAUAUUCCAUAAUUCGAAAUUCUGGAAUAGAUAAUAAUUCUUCAUAUAAUGGACCCGUUGAUGAAAUUACGGAAUUUGUUCAACUUGAUAAAGAACCAAUUCCUAUAAUUCAUAAUAAACUUUCAAAUAAACAAACUCCUCAUAAGUAUGAUGAAAUCAAUGAAGAAUUUUUAAAAGCAAUGGAUAAAGCAACAAGUAAAUGUAUAGAUUAUGUUGAAUAUUCACAAAUUAAACAUGCACCAUUUUCUCAAGGUAAAUAUGAAUAUCCUUAUAUGAGACCACCACCAAAAUGUCGAACUUUUACAUCAUUAGCAGUUGAAAAAUUAAUUGAAGAUUUAAAAUUAAAAGUAUUUGAUAAUGAUUUAGCCCGAUUAAUAGAAAAUACAUUACCCAAUACUUUAGAUACCACAAUUUUAUGGCAUAAAUCUUCAUUAAAUAAUAAACAAGAAAUAAAUCCUCAAACAUUUGUUGUAACUGGUGAUAUUCAUGCUGAAUGGUUAAGAGAUGCGGCUAGACAAUUAUCAAUAUAUCAACCAUUAAUAAAACAUGAUAAUAAAUUAAAAGAAUUAAUUAAAGGAGCAAUUAAUACUCAAGCAUUUUAUAUUACGAUUUCUCCAUAUUGUAAUGCAUUUCAUCCACCUCCAACUUCAGGAGUUAAAAAGGGUAAUACAGCUUUUGAUCAAGUAUUCCCAAGACCUGAUUGGAGACAAGUAUUUGAAUGUAAAUAUGAAAUUGAUUCUUUAGCAUCUUUCUUAACUUUAACCAAUGAUUAUUAUGAAAAUUCUAAUGAAGAUCUUUCAUUUCUUAAUGAACAAUGGCUUAAUGCAUAUGAAAAAUUAUUAAUAGUAUUUAGAAGAGAAUCAAAACCUUCAUUUGAUGAAAGAACAGGUGAAGCAAUGAAUUAUUAUUAUUCAUUUAAAAGACAAACAAAUAUAGGUAGUGAAACUUUACCAUUGGGAGGAGUUGGAAAUCCAGUUAAUUUUGGUACGGGAUUAAUUAGAAGUGCCUUUAGACCAAGUGAUGAUGCAACAAUACUUCAAUUUUUCAUUCCAGGAAAUAUUCAUGCAUUAACAGAAUUAAGAAGAGCUCGUAAAAAUUUCUUAAGAGAAGAUAUUGAUAUUGGAAUUAAUAUUUCUGAACUUUUAAUGGUAACUGAUGGAUUUAUUAAAGAUAUUGCUCAAGGAAUUGAAAAAUUUGGUAUUGUUGAUCAUCCAAUUUAUGGUAAAGUUUAUGCUUAUGAAGUUGAUGGAUAUGGUGGAAAUAUAUUUAUGGAUGAUGCAAAUAUACCUUCAUUAUUAUCAAUUCCUGAUAUGGGAUUUACAAAAAUAGAUGAUCCAAUUUAUCAAAAUACUAGAAAAAUGAUUCUUCUGAAAUCAGGUAAUCCUUAUUAUUUACAAGGUUCUGCCUUUAAGGGAAUUGGUGGACCACAUAUUGGGAUUCAUAAUGCUUGGCCAAUGUCAUUAUUAGUAAGAAUUAGAACAACUAAUGAUGAUGAAGAAAUUAAACAAAGUUUAAAAUUAGUUAUGGAAACUACUGCUGGUUUAGGAUUAAUUCAUGAAAGUGUUAAUGUAAAUUCUUAUGGUGGUAGAGAUUUUACUCGUCCAUGGUUUGCUUGGUGUAAUUCUGAAUUUGGUAAAACCAUAUUACAUUUAGCUAAAUAUAAACCGCAUCUUAUUUUCAAGGAUGAAUGGAGUUCUCAACCUUAUAAUAUAGAUGCAAUUUUAUCAUCGACAAAUCCUGACAAUUAAAGUUUUAUUUAGUUAUAUUAUAU